GUCGUGAACCACAAAGCCAGCAUACUUUUGGAGAGAUGACAUUGGAUUUUCUUGUCAAAGCAGGGAUUGUUCAGGAAUCAUCGCCUUCUUCUCAGCAAAAGAAGGUGAUUCCUCCUCAGAAGAAUAAUCCAAGUUUGGAUUCAAAACUUUGGAAUGGGGCAUGUGAUGGCAUCUUCCCAACAAAACAUGAACUUGGUAGCACCUCUUCAGAAUAGAAAUGUGAGUAUGGAUGCUAGCUUCGGAAUGGGAAAUGUUCUAGGGAUGGGGUUCCAAGGAAACAAUUUCACUACCAACGGUUAUGCAGUAACCUACCAAGUGUUCCGAUGGAGUAAAAAAUUUUUUGGAGAGUCAUUUAGUAACGUUGAAAAUGGGAACCGUGCUCAGUUUUUGGUAGAGUCUAGUGCAAUGCAGAACAAAAAGAUGAUCAUUGAUGGUCCCCCGAAAGUGGUUGUUGAAAGGAGACAACGUCGAAUGAUAAAGAAUCGGGAGUCUGCGGCAAGAUCUCAAGCAAGGAAACAGGUUCUUCAGAGAUAUGAAUUCUUCCCCAAUAACGUUAUCACAACAUGGUUAAAUGAUUAUUAACUUGAUUCAGUAGCAGGCUUACACUGUGGAGUUGGAGCUGGAAUUGAAUCAACUUAAAGAAGAAAAUGAAAAGCUGAAGCAAAUUCUGGAGGAAAAUGGACAAAAGAGAAAGCAAAGAGGUUCUGAAGAGAGCAAAUAAGGACAGUUAGCUCCGGGUGGUGAAAUCCAAUUUUGUAAUUUUAGUGUUAAUUAACUCCAAAUGUAAAUAAAUAAAUAAAUUCUGGUGUGUACU